CAUGAACAAUAGGCGGCGGUACCGGCCCCGCCGCCCCCCGCAGCGCUCGGCUGCCGCGGGCGCCUCCCCCUAUGGAGCAGCCUCGCCAUGGAGCCCCUCACAGCGCUCAGCCAGGAGGGCGCGGGCGGCGGGGAGCCGCCGGGCGGCGGGCCGCUCUGGACGGCCGUCUUCGAGUACGAGGCGUGCGGCGAGGACGAGCUGAGCCUGCGGCCGGGAGACGUGGUGCAGGUGCUGUCCCGCGACUCGCAGGUGUCCGGCGACGAGGGCUGGUGGACCGGGCAGAUCGACCAGCGCGUCGGCAUCUUCCCCAGCAACUACGUGAGCAGCGGCGUGCAGGGGGGCGGCCCGGAGCUGCGCGCCCGCUACCCGCCGCCCCCCGCCAUACAGCUCUUGGAGAUCGACUUCUCAGAACUUGUUCUGGAGGAAAUCAUUGGCAUAGGGGGCUUCGGAAAAGUAUAUCGAGCUGUGUGGAUAGGAGAUGAGGUUGCUGUCAAGGCAGCUCGCUAUGACCCUGAUGAGGACAUCAGCCAGACCAUUGAGAAUGUCCGCCAAGAAGCCAAGCUCUUUGCGAUGUUAAAGCAUCCCAACAUCAUUGCCCUCAGGGGCGUAUGUUUGAAGGAACCUAAUCUUUGCUUGAUCAUGGAGUUUGCCCGUGGAGGAUCAUUAAAUAGAGUGUUGUCUGGUAAAAGGAUACCUCCUGACAUUUUAGUAAACUGGGCAGUACAGAUUGCAAAGGGAAUGAACUACUUGCACGAGGAAGCAAUUGUUCCUAUAAUUCACCGUGACCUGAAGUCCAGCAACAUACUGAUACUCGAAAAGGUGGAAAAUGGAGAUCUGAGCAACAAGAUAUUGAAGAUCACGGAUUUCGGCUUGGCCAGGGAAUGGCAUAAAACUACCAAAAUGAGUGCAGCUGGGACAUAUGCCUGGAUGGCUCCUGAGGUCAUCCGCUCCUCCAUGUUCUCCAAAGGCAGCGAUGUGUGGAGUUAUGGAGUGCUGCUUUGGGAGCUGCUAACAGGGGAAGUGCCGUUCCGAGGAAUUGAUGGUCUUGCAGUAGCCUAUGGUGUUGCCAUGAAUAAACUUGCUCUUCCAAUCCCUUCCACAUGUCCAGAGCCUUUUGCCAAACUAAUGGAAGAUUGUUGGAACCCUGACCCACACUCACGACCUUCCUUUGCCAGUAUCCUAGGCCAUCUCACUGCUAUAGAAGAGUCUGGUUUCUUUGAAAUGCCCAAAGAUUCCUUCCAUUCCCUUCAGGAAGACUGGAAACAAGAGAUCCAAGAGAUGUUUGAUCAGCUCAGAGCCAAAGAAAAGGAGCUUCGCACAUGGGAAGAAGAGCUGACUCGUGCUGCUGUUGAACAGAAGAACCAUGAGGAGUUGCUCCGAAGGCGGGAACAGGAGCUGGCAGAACGUGAGAUUGACAUCCUGGAAAGGGAGCUCAACAUCAUCAUCCACCAGCUGUGUCAGGAGAAGCCUCGUGUGAAGAAACGCAUGGGGAAGUUCAAGAAGAGUCGGCUCAAGUUAAAAGAUGGCAAUAAUAUCAGCCUGCCUUCAGAUUUCCAGCAUAAAUUCACUGUGCAGGCUUCUCCAACAAUGGAUAAAAGGAAGAGCUUGAUCAGUAGCUGCUCCAGCCCUCCUGCAAGUCCUACCAUUAUUCCCAGACUCAGGGCCAUACAGUUGACUCCUGCUGAAAGCAGUAAAACAUGGGGACGAAACUCAGUCCUUCCAAAGGAGGAAGGAGAGGAAGAAGAGAAAAGAGGCCAGAAGAAAAAAGGACGCACCUGGGGACCAAGCUCACUUUGUCACAAGGAGCUAGGUGCAGGAGAGGACAGUCUGAAAGCUCUGGUAGAAGGAUACAAACAGUGGUCAUCCAGUGCACCAAACCUAGGGAAGAUUCAGAGAACUGCACCUGCUUUUCCAGGAUUCACCAGCUUAGCAGAGAUGGAUGAUGAAGACAGUGAAUGUCUUAAUGGGGAGGGCAAAGUGCACCCUUCACCUGGGCACAACCAGUCAUACCUCUGCAUCCCAUUUCAGAAGAAUGAUGACUGGGAUGGGCCUUCUAGUGAUGCCAAUGAUGAAUCCACUCCUGUGAACUCUGCUACAAGCACCCCACAGCUUACACCCACCAACAGCCUCAAACGUAGUGGCUCCCACCACAAACGGUGUGAGAUUGCCUUGCUUGGCUGUGGAGCGGUUCUGGCUGCUGCAGGCCUGGGGUUCGAUCUGCUAGAAGCGGGGAAGUGUCAGCUACUGAUUGAAGAGGAGCCAGAGCCACCCAAGGAAGAGAAGAAAAAACGUGACAGCAUUUUCCAGCGAGCUGGACGCCCACGCAGGAGCACUAGCCCUCCUUCUCGAAAAAUCUUCAAGAAAGAUGAGCCCAUGUUGUUGCUUGGCGAGCCAUCCACAUCCCUCACCCUUCUUUCCCUGUCUUCCAUUUCCGAAUGUAAUUCCACCCGAUCCCUGCUGCGCUCAGACAGUGAUGAGAUUGUGGUAUACGAAAUGCCUGUCAGCCCUGUGACAGUCAAGGCUCCCUUGCCAGCCAUUAAUAACCCACUAGUUAAUGUCCAGAUUGAGAGAUUCAAACAAGACCCCAACCAGUCCCUCACUCCCACGCAUGUGACGGUCUCUUCCCACACCCAGCAAGGCGGGCACAGGCGCACACCUUCUGAUGGGGCCAUCAAAGGGACUGGACUAGUUGUCAAUGGGUGCCCAACCAGUGGAUGCCCUUCCAGUAGCUGUUUAACUGGAGCACUGGGAGCAGGUGUAUUAAAAACACCUAGUCCAAGUAGAGAUCCAAAUGAGGUCCCUCGCCUGCCAGAUCCCAACCUUGUUUUUCCUCCAACCCCGAGACGAUGGAAUGCACAGCAGGACCCCACGCUGGAAAGACCCAAGACGCUGGAGUUCCUGCCUCGGCCUCGGCCCGCAGCCAGCCGGCAGCGGCUUGAUCCCUGGUGGUUUGUGUCACCCAGCAAUGCCAAGGGUGAAUCAUCUGCCAACAGUUCAAGUACUGAUACUCCAAGCAAUCUGGACUCUUGUUUUGCUAGUAGCAGCAGCACUGUAGAAGAGAGACCUGGACUUCCUGCACUGCUUCCUUUCCAGGGGAGUCAUCCUGUAGAGGAGCGGACACUGUUGGACAUAGAUGCUGAGGGACAGAGCCAAGACAGCACCAUUCCGCUAUGCAGAAGUGAACUUAACACACACAAAGCUACAGCAUAUGAACUCAAGCAAGAAUUCUGGUCUUAGUAUGAAAUUCACUCGGGACAGUAAGCCCCUCUAAAUUCAAUUCUACUUUUUGCACUGAGAAUGCACUUUGAAGACAGAUGAGUUAGAUGAUACGGAGAUCGUAUGGUGCUGCCUCUGCUGAAGGUGUUGUUCAACUGCCUGAUUGUUGUCUGCAGUUGGGUGUAAUUUGGCAACUCAGAGCUGCUGACUUUGCUGUGGGGUUUUUCUGUAGUCUUCCCUGUCACCUUAUUGCAGUUUGUAUCUGCAGUAAGCUAAAAUUAUCAUAUCAAAGUCUUUGUUACUGACCUUGUAGGAUUUGGCACUUGCAGUAAGUAUCUAUCCUGGUAUUCAUCAGUAUUUUCAAAACUCGAAUGCUAUAAUGCAGCAGACGCCAGUAUUUAUUUUUCCCAAGAAUUCCAGGAAAGAAACAAGUAAAUAUCUGGAGACUAUCUUCUCUGAAAUGUGUCAUUAGAUAGGCCUGGGAAUCAUGGUGCCCCCACUGAAGGAGCAGAAGUAGCAGUCUUACACUUGCUUGCCCUGUUUUGUUCGUGUCCUAGUGUAAGGUGGAACAGAUUGCUGAGGAAGGCCAUGGCAUCUCCAUUGGUGGAGGUCUUGGAGAAGAGACUGGGUUGUUGGGAAUGAGUAGGUGUAGUUGGUCCUGGCUUCAAGGCAGGGGUAAGUGAGCUUCAAUGAUCUUUUGAGGUCUCUCUCAGCCCUAUUUUCCCAUGACACUUUGCUUUCAAAAUAGCGAAUGGGGUGUAUGACUACUUACUUCAGCCUGUUAUUUUGUUUCUAGCUGUGGUUCCAUUAGCCUCUUUUUUUCUCCCCCUGUAUCACAGACUCAUAGUUGAGUUGCCUCAGCUUUGGGAGGGAAAUGGACAGGAACUCUUUCUUUAAAGCUGUGUGUUGGCUUGCAGAUCUAAGUUAUGUCCCUUCAUUCUUCUUCCUGUUUUUCUGCCUUUCUCGUGCUUUUUAGGAGUGGCCCUGUAAACCCGAGAUGGUUCCUGUGCACGCUGCUACUUGUUCAAGGCUCUUUUGAAAUUGAGGCCUGUGUUGUUAGUAGUUGGAUUGUGCAAAUAGGAAUCAGAACAUCUGGAUUCUGUCUUCUUUAGUCACUGACUCACUGUGUGACCUUGGGCAAAUAAUGUAACCUCUCCGUGCCUGAAUUUCCCCAUCUGUAAAUAACAGGGAUAAUACCUACCUCACAAGGGGGGUGGGACCUAUGUAGUAUGUUCAAAGUUCUUUGAGAUCGUUGUGUGGAAGGCAGUAUAGGCAUGUAAAACAUUUGUUCAAAUUCGUAAAAGUUCUUACCUGGUCAAGGAAGACCAAGUAAGAAGACCUCCUGCCUUGAAGGAGGAAGUCACACAACUAAUGUGUGCAUAUACUCAGUUUUCUUCAGAGGUUGCAAGUGUGUCUGCGCCCCCAGCAAGUCUGUGUUAUUGGGUUUAAUGAGAGCUUCAUUUGUUCCCAGUUUUGGCAUUAUAAAUAAGGGAUGUGGCCUUUUUACAUGAGUGUGUUAGGGUAGUCUGCUUUACUGAGGGUACGGCUUAUCUGUUCACUCUUCCUAUACAGAUCUUUGCUCAUUUUGCUAAUCUACUUACCAUUUGGGUGCAAAUAACUGAUUUGGCAGUGCUGCCAAUGCUGCCUUCCUGUCAGGAAAGUCCAGUCCUGUUGUGAAGGCACUGUGGAUGAAUACUUUCUUGCAGCAGCAUAGAGAACAUGAGCAUUUAGAUGUUUAUAACCUUAAUGUUAAAAACCAGCAUGUGUGGGGGAAAUACUCUCCUUAGUAAUUUUAAUUCAGUUUGAGGGCUAAAAGCAUCAUGUUGCUGUUGGUCAAGUGUACCUUCUUAGCAAGCAAGCGCAGUAUGUUACCAUUGAGGAAAGUCAUGUACAUCUUGUUCCUCACAUUCCACAAAAUUUGUUUAAUAUCUGAAUUUCUUUUUGCUGCCUACUCCACUGAACUCUCCAGAGCUAGCCUUAAUGAUACUACACUAGCUGCUAAUGCUGGAUAGACUGUUGACUGUGUAGACAAGGUACUCUGGUGUAUCGCAAAGAAACUUAAAAAUGAAAAUUUGAUGUUUCUGGCACUUUUGUUAAAUGUAAACCUUCAGUUUUUGUUUCUUUUUUUUAUUUCUUGUGCAUUCAUCCUUUUGUUUUUCAUUUCUGAAACCUCAACGUGUUUGUGAUCCAGGAACUUCAAAAACAAACAAAUACCAGCAAAAAGCACCUCAAGGGAAGCCCAAUCAGAAGUUGUGUCAGAAGAACAUAAAGCAAGGCAUUAAAACCAUCUAGUUUUCAGUCUCCCUUAUCCUUUUUGAAAGUCUGAGACAAAACUGGAUCAGCUGUUCUUUCUAUGCAAAAAGCAUUAUUCCAAAGUUAUGGGAAGCAGCAUCUGCUCUGCAAAGACAUGAUGUAAAAUUGCUCUCUUGCGUGGGAAAAUUAAGGAAAUGUCAGAAUCCCUUCUCUCUCACUUUUAGUUAACCACUUGGUGAUGGGAAGCUAACUAUAGGAGGAUUCUGUGCCAAAGGGCAUCUGCCCUGACACCAAAUGGACAGCAAAGGAACCGGAUGACACCGAUGGCAAAGAGUCAUGGAUUCAGACCAGGGUUUCUGGCUUAGAUAUUCUCUAUUACAGAGCUGCUAGAAAGAUAGGGUAGGAACAGUAUUUUCUAAAUGCUACUUAGAUGCAAUUAUCUUAAUUGAAUCUGGCAUGUGAGGUAAAAACAAGGUAGACUCUGGGCAUCAACCCCUAAAUAAGCUUUCUAGUUUGGAGUCCUGUGAUUUACCUGAGGGUACCGAGCAGGAGGAAUCUGUUGUAAAACAAAGCUGUUUGCUUUAGCAAGUGGUGGGAUACUUUCUGACAGGCAGAGGGCUCUCAAGGCAAAGUCAUGUGUUCUACUGUAUGCAUCCUGAAAGCUGUUGCCACUGGUGCCUUGAGGCCCAGAUGCCAUCUGAAUGUUAAAGCUAGCUUGUAGUCUUUUCAUUUAUCCAUCUAUCCUGUACCGGUUUGAUUACUCUCCUGUCUUAUUCUAUUUGUUUUCUUUUUCUUGCCAACUGUAGGCAGUGAGGUGCCCCAAAUCCCCAAAAGAGCUUCACUCUAGUCCACUAAUUACCAAGAAAAUCUGAGCCAGUCAGAAAGCUCACGUACCUUUUAUCUACUGGCUCUCAUUUAUUUGUCAGUGAGGCAAAAAUUUCAUCGUUACAUUGAAACACCUGGUGGAGUUCUUGAGGAAAAUGGUGAAAAUCUUGCUGUAAAAGUAAAAUACCCUUAAAUACAUGAAUAAGUUGCACUUUCUGCUGAGAAAAAGAGAACACAAGAGCACAAAUUUACUGAGCAGCCUAAAACAAUGAUAAAAGAGUGGAGUAAAACAUAUUAAUGUCAUUAUAGAGCUCACAAAGAAGAAAUACUCAUUACUCUUAGUAUCAGUUACAAACUGUGUUGCUGUGAAAUUUUUCAGAUUUGGAAAUACAUGUUUUCUUUUAAAUAGUUGACUGGCAAUAUAUAUAUCACUAAUUUAUGUAAUUGAGUUAGGAAUUUAGGAUAUGUUUGCCAGCUCUUGAAAAUAUGCUGUCUAGCAGUCUGCCUGUUUUUCCUGUAAAAUUGAGAGGAAAGCACAGACUUAGCUACAGUGCAAAAAAAUUACUUAAAAAUAAAUUUCUACUGAUUUCACAGAAAUUGAAUGUGGGACAGGUAGAGAGAGGAAGGCUUUUGUGUCAAAACUAAAAAAUUAUAAAUGGUUAUGGAUUCUUUGUAAUAUUGUUGCUUCCUAUGGACUGCACAAUGCUCUGUUUCACCAUGAAUUAGAUCUCAUCUCCUUUGAGCCUUCUCUGAGGUGCAAAUGUAACUUUUUAUAGGUACCCUUUUUCCUUCAGAUUACUGCUGAAGCAGAUUCAUAUUCAGUGCGGGGCAGGGAACCUCAAUGAAAAUAUUCUUUUUGUAUUGGUUUUCUAACAAAAUGAGUAUUUUCAAAGUAAAAUUUUCAUUAGUGAUGUGGAAAGACCUACUUGGGUUUGGUAUGCUUUUAUGAUAUAUUUUUCUGUACCUCUAGGAGUGGGAGUAGUUGCCUUCCUCCUCAUAGCAUGCUGUUAUCUUAAGACUUAUGGACAAUGCUGCGUAGAGAUGUUACUGGAUGAAACUGGAUACCUCUCAUUCUGCUGAAGGUGAGGCAGUAAUUAAUGGUCAAGUAAAGAGAGGUCUUUGCCAUUUGGAGUGCUUUAUUAAAUAGCAAAUGACAGGAAACCUCCUACCUUGAACCACCACCUUACUAUCUUUUAUUUAACUUUUAUUUGAACUUAAUUCAUUUCUAUGGAAUGAAUAUGGGAUCUGAAGACCCAUUAGAUGUAUGGAACCAAACCUAAUUACUGUAUCCCAGAAUUCAGUGUUGGCUUGUUGCCUUUGUAAGCAUCUCUAAGCUAAUAUUAAUGUUUAUUUCUUUGGGUUUUUCUGGAAAAUUUUCUUCUUGGAAAAAGAUGGUUAUUACUUUCUAAUGUUUUCUGUGUGUUUUGGAAAUAUUCUUAAAAACUCUAUCAGCUCUAUAGAAAAUAGGAAGGCUUAUCUUGCACAGUGAUAUAGAUCCUUCUUUUAACAUGAAACAAGGGAACCUUUAGAAAUGAAAAUUUCUGAUCCUUUUUACUACAGGAUAGUUGCCUUCCUUUGCUUCUAUAUUUAUAACUUAAGGUUGUAAUUUGGGUAAAACUGGAUGCUAACAGUGACAGAAAAGGCAUAUGUUAAAAGAUAUAUUUGCAAACAUAUACUCAUGCUGCCACAAAGGAUAACUUUAUGACUUCAUAAACACUUUGGUUCAUUAGAUAAUUAAGGUAUCUUUAAGAAAGAAUGCCUUCCUAUGCUUUUCUUUAUAGUUUACUUUGGUAAGAUUAGAAUAAGGUGCUUGGCACAGACUCUGGCCUUGCAUCUGGCUGGACAGAAUGGGUUUUUAACCAAAUGCGUGUUUUUUGUAUUUCUAUAUCUAGUCUGUGGUUUAGACUUUCCUAUUUCUUCUGCUUAGCAAACAAGUCUUAAGAAGAACUUGUUUCUUCAACUCUGCUGUCACAGUUUCACAAAGCAGUACCAAAAUGUGUUUAUGGCUUACUUUGCUAUUCCCAACUUUUUAAAUACACUGAUAGAAUGUUACCUGCUAUAGUUUUAAUGUUCAUUUGCUUUUGUUUUUUCUCACGCUCAGCUUUUUUAAGCAGCAUUACCAUUGAUCAGAGACAAAUACAGCUUCUGAAAUCAUCUACAUUGGCUUUAUUUUUAUAUGUUAAAAACAGUCAUUCCCAGCCUAAGAAGUAUGUGCUUGAUUAUAAGGUAAUUUCCCACUGGUGACUGGGUCAGGGGUCUCACAUAGCUACCAGAAUUCUUAUUGUCCCUCUAUAACAAGAAUCUCCUUUUUUUUUCCCCAGUAGAAAACACUUUGUCAGUGUUGUGUACAAGAACCGCAUUUCACCUCUUUCAGUACAUGAGUAAUAGAAUCUUCUUUUUCUUUGUUUCCGAAUGACAGGGAGCAUCAUUUUACCUACUGAGUGUGGCUACUUGUGCUGGUCUUUCCAAGCCUCUGAAUUACAUCUGUGUGUUUUAGGUGUGUCUUGUAUUGCUAGGUGCCUUCUAUUUCAUGUGCAUCUUUGCUAGGGCCUUAGGUUGUUUUCUGGAAGGAACUCUUAGUUGUAGCUUUCAGUACUGUAGUUUUCUUCAUCCUACAUCAAGCCAAACACCAGUGAUACAAACAUUUCAUGUCCUUCAGUUUGCUGACUUGUGUAUACCCUUGUGGAAAAAAGUAUGCUAUUGCUAACUCUCUUUAUCUCUCAAUUAGAAUUCUAAAUACAUGAUUCCAUGGCUGUCUUGAUCCCAUCCUUGUCAGUUAUUUGUUCUUGUUGCCAUAGUAUUUUGGAGCCCAAGACAGAAACCAACGUUAUCUUAUCUGUGCUUUGACCUAAAACAUUUUCAAGGUAGAAGCAUAAAACACAAGUGGGGGAAGUGUAAGUAUGGAGGUUGGCAGAAAAUAACCAGUACAAGGGUGAAAUUUUCUAUCUUAAUGUACUAAACAGUAGUCAGAGGACACUGACCAAGAGCUGCUUGCUAACGUAUUGGCAUUAUAGUUAAAUUGAGUCCUAAAGAAGGAUUUGAGGAUUGUGUGGUGACUUUGUUUCUGGUUGAUUUGUUUUCUUUUACCCUGAGCUACCUCAUUUAUAUGGAUGGAGUGGAAAUAAAGGAUAAGUUGUAAGAAUUGCUCUAGAUAAACAGUUGAGACUAGAAUGGUGAGAACACCAAGGAAAACGCUUGUGUUUGGCUCUUUGACAUUCAAAUUCCUUAUGGAAAAAUAAAACCAGCUGUUCAUUUCCAAAAAUUAAGAUUAUACUUUUAUUAUGUAACUCUCCAAAAUAAACAAUAACAAGGCACAACGUAUAUUUCCUGAUGGUUUUUGACCUGUGGAAGAGCUGAAUUUCCAAUCUAAAGGGUGAUUAUUUCAUAUUGGUCAUUGCUGCUUUUAAAGGUGGAAGUAUGUUUUUUGAGAACAUAUUUUUUUCUAAAUAAUCUCAUGUAUUCUUUAAGUGAGCCUAUAUGCAAUCUUGUUUCCCUUGUAUUUACUGUAGUUUUCCUAAUAUCAUAGAAUCCUUAGAGUUGGAAGGGACUCUGAAGGCCAUCUAGUCCAAAUCCCCUGCAGUGAACAGGGACAUCCACAGCUAGAUCAGGUUGCCUGGGGGGGGAAUAUAUCUGAUUCUAAUGCAGUUCUUAUAUCUGAAUGCUAAUGGUGUGCGGAUAGUCAACUUUAGCUAAUUUUGAGAAACUAUGACACAUUUUUACUGUGUAACAUAGUGGAUUUUUCUGCUCAGCUUGAAGUGGGCUACUGUUAGGUCUGGAGCUGAUGGGGUCAGAUAGAUGCGCAUCUAGCAAGUGUGGACCUAGAACAGAUCUGCAGGAGGAAUGCCAAAGUUGCAUUUGCUUAGAGAAGGAUGAUAGAAAGAUAAUAAUGCUGGGGAAAAAUGUCCCUUCACUAUUCAGAAGUAAUUCUCUAGGAUCUUGUCCGUGCUUGAAUUUUAGCUUCCAUACAGUGAGAGCUCAUGGUUUUUGAUAAAAAAUUUUUUGACUGAGCCCCAGCAUAAGGCCAAGAUAAAGUAUUUACGUUAUGUAGGAGUGAUUGACACUGUCUCCUUGUCCUACCUUGAUUGUUCCAGUGUAGCAUUUUCUCAAGAAUAGAUGCUGAGUAAAACUAUCCUUCUUGCCUUGAAGCAGGAGGAGAGAUAAUAUGUGAGUCUGAGAAAGAAGAAUCAUUGUUAUAGCCGUGUCCUAAUGCAUUUCCUUAUCACUCUCCCACCAGCAGAGGUUAUGGUGGAACAGGAAGACUUACCAGUGUUUUUUCAAGCUGUAUUGGUAAGAAUGCUGCUCACAUGAGAUUUCAGUAUAUAAACAAGCAAGUUUGGGAAGCCUUAUAUUUAACUUCUUAAGUUUCAAAACAAAUGUGUCCUCUGAUAAUUAUGUCGCAUUGCUCAAUUGCACACUAAUCUUCUUGAGUUUAACUACAGUUGGAGAAGAGCUGAACUCUUUCCUUGAGUUCUUGUGGAUGUAGCUACUUUUGAUUAAUUUGGGAGUCAAGUAAAGUAAUGUUUUCUCCUAGUCCCAGUUUACGUUGCAAAAUGAGUUGUCUCUCCUGACUAAUUGUCCAGAUAUUUGUAGUAGGCUUCUAUUUCUGCCCUGCGUGCUUUGGUGAGUGGCUCUUAAAAUGUCAUCAUGGUUAGCAUUUGUGUCUGAAUAAGGCAGCUAAUACCUCUGAGCUGAUUUUUCACACUGCAUCUCAAACAGAUGUUAUUACAUUAGUUCUGCUAUUGCUCUGUUCUCAAGGUUAUCUUGGCAACCAUAACAUCCAGAAAUCCUAGACUAUAUAAAGAAUAAAGCAGCAGAAAAAAAGAAAACAUACCAGUGCUUACCAAUUGAACAGCUGAGUUUUGCUGAGUGGUCUUUGCAGAGAGUAAAAAACAUUCUUGGGCAGUGUAGGUCUCUGCAAGACAGCUAAAUUCCAAGUGGAGAAUGUACCUGUAUCUGCUUAAUGUCAACAGGCACCAGUGCCUCUCUUAUUUGGCAGUUCUUAUAUGAAACCAUGUAAAGCCAAAAACUUAUAGUGGUAAAAGUUAUAUGUAGGGUACUUCUUGUAACUAGGAGGGGAAGAGGUCUCAAUUCAAGAAAGCAUACUUAAACAUCACCGAAAUCAAUGGAAUGUAUCUGUGGGGCUAAAUGCACAAAACCUCAAGUCAACAAAGCUAAUAUGAUCUGAUCUGGGGGGUUGUCUUGUAGAGAUUAAUGGUGAAGGACCAGUCUCUAUGUUUUGUCAGAGGGAGUUCCUUCACAAGCCUUUGGGUAAAUGCAGGCUCGAUUUGCUCUGACUUGUGUGGCCUUUCCAUGCCUGCAUUUGCCAUCCUAUUUCAUCGCUAGUUCUUACCAUAAACAGGGAAAGCUUUGAGAAUAUUUUCUGAUACAGGAGAGAUCAAUAACUUCUGCACUAGCAGACUGCUGGCUUCAGAGGGGGCAGUAAAUGGUGUGUGGAGGCUGUGUGUACAAAUUUUGAUUUAACCUGAGGUAUUUUCUCAGGUUUUUUCAUUUCAGAAAUGCAUCCUUCCAGGUUAAGUGUACAGAUUUGACAAAUUUGGAAGUGAUCAGUGUCUACUAUUAUUGUUAGGGCUCUUGGAUUCUUACUUGUCAGCUGUUGGCCCAGCACUUCGUGCUGGUAUAUAUGACGACUUUGUCAUAAAUUCAGAACAAACUGAAUGUCAGGAAUAUCGGAGAUAUUUUGCCUGACUUCAGAUGAGAGGCUUAUAUGGAGUGGGGAGGGGCGGUAGUGGUGGAAAAAUCAGGGAAACUACCUGUGAUUUUAACAUUGUCUCUUCUGUGGCUUUGGAAGUCUGAAUUCCACAGCCAGAGAAUGUAUUUCCUCCCUCUUUUUAUAAGCUACAUCUUUCUUUUGCCUUAUUAAUUGUGGAUCUGUUCCUGCUUCUGUUUAAAACCAGUUGCAAAAAACAGUGACCUGAAUUUCCUAGGUACAGUGUUGUCAAAUCUGAAGAACCAGGUGAGUAGUUGACUCUAGUGUAAGAUCGUAUGCCCAUGUCCAAUUUUUUGAGGUAUGGGAUAGUUUCUGCUUGUGUUGAAAUCCGUGCGUGGAAAGUGUUGGGUACUUUGUAAGGAGCUCCAAUCUCUGCAGGACUGGGAUUCAUCUGAUGACUUAAGUAUUACAGUCCAUUUUUGGAGACCUCUUAUGUCUUCUGUUCAUGGUGUUCAAAAGUCUGUUACUAUGGAAGUAGCACCUGAAGGUGUGUUUUGCCCGAAGAACCUGCAAUGAAGCAGUUGCAUUAGCAAAUGGUAAUGUACCCCAAAGUUGAGUAAAAUAACAGAGGCCACCAAGGUUAUUCUUGUUUGUGUGAUGAAAUGUUGUCAAAUGAAGUGAUUUGUUGGAGCCUUCCUGUAACCUCUGUACAGCAGUAAGCUUAGGGGAAAAUAAGAUUGCAUUAUUUUUUAAAAAGCUUUAUUUGUGACCUGGCUUUGUUGCCUCUGACCCUCUUGGGCUUAAAUAGUUAAAUUAUAUUAAUGUCCAGUUUGUUUCACUGUAGGUAACACAUCAACUGAAUACUCUUGUGCAUAAUCUACUGUAUCUUUCCUCUGUUCUGUGUCAAUGUAUUAUGUGUAUUUGGAUUACAGUUCUUUUUUAUUGUAUUAAAUUAUUUUAUGUUAUAGAACAAUAUUUAAGCAAAGCAAAGAGCUAAUGAAAGUUGUUGGCGUUUUGGGAUUUUUUUUUCCUCUUUGCUUUUUUUUGGAUGUACUGUAAAUUGUAAACCAAGGAUGCCAAGCAGGCUUGGUUCAAUGGCUAAAAUUAUUGUAUUACAGUGUAAUGCUGAUCUAGGCCUUGUCUCAACACUAGAGCACACAGACUUGAAUAAAACUGUUAUAAAAGUGA